UUUAUAACAAUUACAAAUAAGUUAUAGCUAGUUGCUAGUUAGAAGUUAGAAGAAAGAAUGAAUGAAGUGAAGUGAGGUUGUCGCAAGGAUUUUUAAAAGGUGGUUUGCCUACGCAUCUUGAGCACAGAAACAGUUCAAAAUGGAGGACACCACAGAAGAGAUUGAUGCUAAGUUUAAAACAGAAGCUAAGGAGGAAAUCAUUUCACCAAUAUUUGAAUUUGGAGUAAAGAUUGAAAAUAUUGUUCCAACAAUAAAAAAGGAAGAUGAGGAGUACUUGGAACCAAUCGUUGCUGUUUUUGAAAAAAAGUUAUAUCCUGCCAAGUUUGAUUGCGAUACCAAACCAAUAGUGUUGUUAAAACGAUUGGAUGAUACCAUUGAUGAAGAUGUCCUAAGCUUAAAGGAGAAGAAGACAGUGGAUAUUAAAAAGGGAGAACCUCUACUUUUCGGGGUCGAAAAGACUAAUGAAGAAGAUCCUGAGGAUAACUUUGAGAUUACCACAGAAGACGAGGGGGGCAUGGAAGAAAUGGAUGGUGAGAAUAUUGACUGCAUUGUGAGUAUUGAAGCAGGGGAUUCACCAGAAGCUAAGAAUCAAUUAGAUUGUACCGUGGAAAUUUUGGAAGGCUGCGAUGAGGCAUUUGAAAAUCAAGAGGAUUUAUUAGAGCAUAAAAAACAAGUGAAUGAAAAUCAAUCAAAAAUUAAAGGUCCAAAACAUUCUUGUAGAGUUUGUGGAUUGGAAUUCAAAUACAAGGCCAACUGGCUAAAACACGAAAAACUUCAUGACGACAUAUACCACUUCAAGUGUAAACAUUGCGACAUAACAUUCAAACAGAGAAUGGCUCUUAAAUCCCAUUACAUGUACGUUCAUGCAACUGAAAAACCAUACCAAUGUGAAUUUUGUGAGAGAGCUUUUAAAACUCUGAACAAUUUAAAUGUGCACAAAGAAGUGCAUCAUAAUUUUUCUGGGGAGACGUUUUCUUGUGACUUUUGUCCCAUGGAGUUUAAAAGAAGAUGUUAUCUUAGAAGACAUUUACGAACACACGCAAAUCCGGACAAAAAGUAUACGUGUGCGGACUGUGGGCUGAAGUGCAGAUCAAAAACUGAUAUCGCUAAACAUGUUUUGACUCAUCUAGGGGUGGUGGAAAAACACUUCUUUUGUGAAAUAUGUGGUGCAGGGUUCUCAAAACGGGCUCACGUCACGAGACACAGCUAUACUCACUCAGUUGAGAAAUCAUUUGCUUGCCAAUUGUGUGAUAAAGCUUACAGGGACCAAUAUUCUUUGAAAAUUCAUAACGAAACUGUCCACUUGGGCAUCAUAUAUACUUGCGAAUUAUGCGGUUUUAAAAGUGACAGGUAUGCAGUCAAAAAGCAUAUGAAGCGUUGUGCAGAAGGUCAAAAAAAGUUUACUUGUAACGUAUGUAGUAAAGAGUACUUCUUGAAAAAAUACUUUGAGCAACAUGUGUCCAAGUGCAACUCCAAAAGUUAAUUUUUAUUAAACCGUUAAAUUUGUCAACAACAAUAAAUUGAUCAAGAAUUAAACUUAGGUUUUGUUUUUUUUAGGAAAAAUUUGUACAUUUUUAUUGAAGAAGAAUGUAGUGUGAGCCAGUCACAGAAUGUGCUAGGUAGUGUCAAAAUUUCUAUUUGCCACUAUAUUUUUGGUGGCUAACUUAGUUUAUGGGCUAUAAAAGUUGCUAUAGCUCACAAUAAGUUGUUCUGUCAGUUUGACUUGGUAAAUAACAUGGUGUAUUCAACAGAAAUUAGUAAUUUAGAUCAACGCAAGCUCACAUAAAAUUCGAAAAAUUUAAUAAAAAAUCUAGCAACAAUUUUAACAUGGGGAUGGAAUGCCUAGUAUUACAUAGAGAAAAAUAUUGUUUUGAUCCAAAUCUUGUUGCAGAAAUUUGGUGGGAAAAUUUGUGUUGUUGCUUUCUAAACCCAGAUAUAAGUUUUUAAAACUGUGAUUGUUGGUAAGUGUUUUGAUGUUUUCUGAGCUAUGUAAACUGCACCUGUUGUUCAGCUUCAUAACAUUUGAAAUGUAUGUAUACAAUCUACCUUUGUAAGUAUUUUAAAAGUUUUGUCUAUCUCAUACUUACAAUACUCUCUUAGCGCAAAAAAAUUCUGUUUUUUUUUUUUAAGUGUGGGUUUUAUAACUAAACAUAAUCAUUACUUUAUGCUUCCUAUGCCUGGAAGGUGGAGAGCUUUUUUUAUAGAACACAUAUAGCUAAAUUUCAUACAUUCAAUUUUGUAAUAUAAGCUCCAUUUUAAUUGUAUUAUUCUCUUAAAUUUUUAAUCAAUGCCAAUUGCUUUAAACAAGGGAGAGUAUUUUUUAUAAUUAGAAUAUAGAGGUUAUAAGUUAGUGUACUUUUAGGUUUAAUCUGCUAUUAUUUUCAUUUAAAUUUCAUUGUGCAUUUGUUGAUGUUAUGGGUUGUUUUCAUUAGUAAAUUGUUAUGUGUUUGUUGUAUAUGAAAUCUCUUAACCUAUUAUAGUUUGUUUAUUCAAUUAAUAAUGUAGGUUUUAUUAGGCCUAUUAAAACACCUUAAAACUUUUACUGUAUUAACAUUUAUAGUAAUAUAAGAAUGAUGUAGCUAAAUUUUGGGUUUUUCACUCAAAAAUUACCUACUUGAUAUACAGGGUGUUUGAAAAGUCUGGGUACGGCUCAAUAUUUAUUUAACCGUUGCAGAUAGAGCUAUACAAGUUGGUACACUGUUACUGUGCAAUAUACGCUACCCCUCAGGUGGCACCCCACUAGAAUUCGGAAGAGAAUAAUAAACGUAUGCAUUGGCCAAUAUUCAUGUAGUAUAAUACAGUGCCGCAAAUUUGAUGUACAUCACAAAGAUUCAUGUAGCGUUUUAAUAGUAUGGAUUGUUGAACCUGCCAAUGCUAAAAUAAAGAAUAGAAAAAUUAAA